AUGGGUUGGGAGAAUUCCAACGUUCCGAGGAAGCCCGUGCCUUCUUCUUUCCAAGUGAGAGAUGCUGAUGGUCCAGUCGAAUUGAUAUCCGGUCCACCACCAGGCUACUACUCUUCCGAACGGCAGCUGCCACAUCCGCCCCGACAAAAUAAUAUGGCUUACGAACCAGCUCAACCCUGGUAUAAACCGAAGUACUGGCGGAAAAGAACCUGGGCUAUCGUCGUGGCGAUCCUAGCUAUCAUCAUCGUUAUCGUCGUAGUCGUCCCGGUCGAGGUCACCAAGGCUAAUCGAUACCCGGACUACACACCACUCAAUUAUUCCUUAUCAGAGCAAUACACUGGGACGAAUUUCUUCGACAAUUUCAAUUAUUUCACCGGAUACGAUCCCGCUCAGGGUUUCGUUCACUAUGUUCCGAAAGAGCAAGCUACAUCGUUGAACCUCACAUAUGCGACCACCGAUUCGGCAGUAUUGAAGGUCGACACCAGUGUUGGUCCUAGUUCUAGCCCUGAUGCCUCGACUGGGCGCUUUUCAGUGCGCGUUGAAUCCAAGGCGCAAUAUGACAAUGGUCUCUUCAUUUUCGACGUGAAGCACACACCCUUCGGAUGUGGAACAUGGCCGGCGUUGUGGCUUGUCGAUCCCAACAAUUGGCCGGAUAACGGAGAAAUCGACGUCAUGGAAGCUGUGAAUAAAGCUACAGAUGGCAAUCAAAUGACGCUCCACACAACAGACCAAUGCAAAAUGAACGUGAAGCGCAUCAUGAGCGGUUCAACAAUUUCAAAAGAUUGUUACAAUGCCACCGACGACAAUGCUGGGUGCGGAGUUAGAGGCUCUGGCGAUAGCUACGGUAGUUCCUACAACGAUGCGCAGGGCGGUGUUACGGCGGUCGAAUGGCGAAACGAAGGAAUUCGAAUCUGGCAGUUCGGAAGGAAUGGUAUCCCCGCGGAUAUCACGGCUCAGAACCCGGAUCCAAGUACAUGGGGCUCAGCCACCGCUGACUUCCCGAACACGGACUGCGAUAUCAGUUCUCAUUUCCGAAACCAAAGCAUUAUUGUCAAUAUCGAUCUCUGCGGACAAUAUGCUGGUAAUGUUUACGCGCAAAGUGGCUGCCCGAGUAAUUGUACCGAUUAUGUCGCCAAUAACCCGACUGCCUUCACCAAUGCGUUCUGGGAAUUCGGAGCAUUCGAUAUUUACAAGGCUUCCUAA